UUUCUUGUUACACCUCAGCAGCCAAGUGACUGGGCAACACAGUGAAAGGUUUCCUUAACUCUUUCGUGCCUCUUAUGGAGUGAAAUCAAGGGACUAAGAAAAUGGCACCAUUAACUGAAAAGCCUGAAUCAAGAGAUAAACAAAAUCCAGAAGUGAAAAAGGCAAGUCCCUCCACCACAAUGAGCUCUGAACGCAAAGAAAUUGAUGUUGCAAAAACUGUCGUCAAUGGGCUGAGCAGCAAUGGACAAGAAAAAGCUGUUGACGUCCCUUUAUGUACACGCUCUAUUUCUGCCGUUAAAAUAAUCCCUGUGAAGAAAGUGAAAAGUUCUCCUCACCUAGUGCUGCCUACAGAAACGGAUCCCACUAAAGUCUGCAGCGGAAAAGGAGCUGUGACCCUCCGGGCAUCUCCAGCCUAUGAAGAGAAUCAGAACAUCACUUCGCCAUGUCCUCAGGAUGUUGAGCAACCUGAAAGUCUGGAGCCAGAAAACCCAGAAACAGAUGAUUGGAGGUCGUCAUCUAACACUGAUGCCAAUGGGGAUGCCCAACCAUCUUCUCUGGCUGCCAAGGGUUAUAGGAGUGUGCGUCCGAACCUUUCCUCAGACAGCAAGCCACAGGCCCUUGCUCCUCCCCGUCCUCCUCUUCCCAAAGAGGAAAGCUUUGCAUGGCGUCCUCGCACUGACACUAAAGUGACCAACCUGUUGCCAGUGCCCAUCAUGGACUGCGUGUACCUGAAUGCACCCAAGCCUUAUACGCAGCGUGCAUCACCAAAUGCCAGUGCACGCUGUUAUUUCUCAUCACCUACCCCCUAUGGGGCCAUCCUCGGUGGGAAGCAAGGCUUGCCAGCAGGGCAUUCUCACUCUUCAGGCCCCAAAGGUGAGGUGCAUGCUGGGCAGCCACUCUUAGAAGGUCGCUCCUCGUUGGAUGCAUCAUCCAUACAACGUAACCCUGACAGGGCAGAUCCCAGUAGUAAGGCUGGAAUGAAUUCCAGUCAUGAGACGAAGGCGGAUAAAAAGGUCACCAAACUAUAUGUAGCUUGUUUAUCUAACAGCACUUGCUUAGCUGCAUCUGAAAAUUCCACUGGCACCACACAUGACCCAGCAGCCAGCACCAGUUUGGGCGCUGAGCUCACUCAGGCACCAGCCACCGACAUUGUUUCCUCUGUAACAGAUACUGGAAAGUCUCUUCCUGCUCCUCCUCCUCCUCCUAUUCCUCCCAGGCCGUACUUUUACAUUGUCCUCAGUAAAGACGCAGUUAGUUAUGGUGCGGGCCAACCCUCCUGGACUCAGUCGUCACCUCCGCAAGCUGUGAGGGACAGAGUGCUAGAGCCCCAGAGCACAACUGCCACAGAGGACAGGAUGAGAAAAGAGCCUUACCUUACUCAGCAGCGACAGCCACCAUACAAGGCAAUGGGACGCAGCAUGGACGCCACUGCCACCACCACAGCUCAGCCUGGGGUUAUAGUAGUCCCCCUCCUCCAGGUUAAUCCAGACAGACAGCAAGAAGGCAGCUCCAGCACUCCGCCACCGCCUCUGGUUCCUUUUGGGCAAGGCUCCGUAUUCCCUGAGACUGUUUCUCCUGGCUCACCCUUGACUUUUCCGACUCUAGACGAUUUCAUUCCCCCACAUCUCCAGAGGGGUUCCCACCAUAACCAAGCACCCUCUGCAUCUGGCACAUUACCCUCUGUUUACCCGAAACUGCCAUUCUUCUCAUCACCACCUUCACUUGUCCCUCCAGUCACGGGGGCUUUGCACAGGGGCUUGAAGCCUGAAAUCACUGGAGUCAUCUCACAUACAGACCCAGGUCCUGUGCUAAAUGAAGUGCCCCAGCCUGGCACUGGCACUGACUAUCCAACCUCCUUCACUUCAAUCAACAAGUCUUCCUCUGCCUAUCCCUCUACCACAAUCGUCAAUCCCACUAUUGUCCUCUUGCAGCACAAUCGAGAACAGCAAAAAAGGCUUAGUAGCCUGGCAGAUUCAGUGCCAGACAGACUAGUUUCUGAUAAAGUUGAUUCAGCACUCAUACAGGACAAGCCGGUUCAGGAGACAGUGCCAAGUGAGAAGAGGGCAAUGGAGGAGAAGAGAAGCAUUGUCAAGAGCCCGCAGCACAUGGCUGAUACCUCCAUCGAUGAUAUUGGCAUUCCACUGAGGAAUACAGACAGAUCGAAGGACUGGUACAAGACGAUGUUCAAACAGAUCCACAAGCUAAAUAGAGACACUCCUGAAGAAAACCCUUAUUGCCCUACCUACAUAUUUCCUGAACUUCCUGAAAUCCAGCAAAAAACUGAAGAAGACAAUCCUUAUUCUCCUACAUACCAGUUUCCUGCGUCUACUCCUAGUCCUAUCUCUGAAGAUGAAGAUUCUGAUUCAUACUCUCCUCGUUAUUCCUAUUCUGAGGACAGCAGAACCCAGCUUUCAGUUCCCCGCUCCAAGAGUGAGACGGACAAUAUUGAUUCAGAGAAGGUUGUUAAGAGGUCUGCCACUUUGCCACUGCCAAACCGUACUUCAUCACUGAAAUCAAGCCCAGAAAGGACUGACUGGGAGCCUCCAGACAAGAAGGUGGACACCAGAAAAUACCGUGCAGAGCCCAGGAGCAUUUAUGACUAUCAGCCAGGGAAGUCCUCGGUUCUGAACAAUGAAAAGAUGACUCGGGAUAUAAGCCCAGAAGAGAUAGAUUUAAAGAAUGAACCUUGGUAUAAAUUCUUUUCGGAAUUGGAGUUUGGGAAACCGCCUCCAAAAAAGAUUUGGGAUUAUACUCCUGGAGAUUGCUCUAUCCUUACUAGAGAGGAUAGAAAGACUGAUCUAGAAAAAGACCUCUACCUCUACCAGACUGAGUUAGAGGCAGAUUUAGAAAAAAUGGAGAAGCUUUAUAAAGCGCCACAUAAAAAGCCACAGAAGAAUACAGCAGGUGUUACUCCUCUGGAAACUUCCACAGACCAUUCUUCCUACUCCACAUAUUCACCCAACUACCAUGCAGUGAAGAGGGAGUCAGAACCAGCACUGGUGGACCCUGCUGGCUUGGAGAAUGAAAGGCAGAUUUACAAGAGUGUGCUGGAAGGUGGAGAUAUCCCGUUCCAGGGGCUGAGUGGUCUCAAGCGACCUUCUAGCUCUGCUUCCACAAAAGAUUCAGAAUCACCAAGGCAUUUUGCACCAGUUGAUUACAUGGAAACUCCAGAAGAAAUUAUCCGCAGACGGCAUGACGAUAAAGAGAAACUUUUAGAGGACCAGAGACGGCUUAAACGUGAGCAAGAAGAAGCUGAUAUUGCAGCUAGAAGGCACACAGGGGUUAUUCCAACGCACCAUCAGUUUAUCACUAAUGAGCGAUUUGGGGACCUCCUAAAUGUAGACGAUACAGCAAAGAGGAAAUCUGGGUCAGAGAUGAGACCUGCUAGAGCCAAGUUUGACUUUAAAGCACAGACGCUAAAGGAACUUCCUCUACAAAAAGGAGAUAUUGUUUACAUUUACAAGCAGAUUGACCAGAACUGGUAUGAAGGUGAACACCAUGGCAGAGUUGGCAUCUUCCCACGAUCAUACAUAGAGCUCCUCCCACCAGCUGAGAAAGCUCAGCCCAAAAAGCCAUCACCGUUGCAAGUAUUGGAAUAUGGAGAUGCUGUUGCUAAGUUCAACUUUAAUGGGGAUACCCAAGUGGAAAUGUCCUUCAGAAAGGGUGAAAGGAUCACGUUGAUUCGACGAGUGGAUGAGAAUUGGUAUGAAGGAAAAAUAUCUGGCACCAGUCGCCAAGGCAUCUUCCCUGUCACUUACGUGGAGGUGCUCAAACGGCCAGUGGUCAAGAAUGCCAUCGAUUAUCCUGACCCACCAAUGUCCCUCUCCCCUAACCGCAGCAUGACAGCUUCACCACAGUCUCCCAGCUCUGAGCUGCUCCAUACACCAACUCCUCCGCCUUUGCCUUUCGCACGCCGCGCCUUAUCUCCAGAGGUGCAGGCGGUCACAUCUGAGUGGAUUGCUCUGACCGUGGGAGUGUCUCCUAGCACCACUCCUGCCAUAACUCCUCCAUUGCCUCCUCCGCCUGAAGCCUCCCUCUCUCACACUGACUAUCUCUCGCCUUCUGCUGCAGCCAGCCCUUCCCCCACAGUCAGCCUCCACCACUCUCAUCUCUCUGGCUCCUCGACUCCCAGGUCCAUUAAAUCCCCAUUGCCCUCUUACUCAUCCAGACCUCAGUACUCCGCUUGCAGUUUCUAUCAGGUCACUCCGCAAAGCGAAGAAAAGUUUGUUGGCUCCCCUUCUCCCAGCGUGAGCUACUCUAACUCCCCUCGCUGGGCAGUGGAGAGCCCCGAAAGCGUCCUCGCAGAGCAGUGUGACACCACUGGCAGCCAAGCCUGGCUCCAAAAGACUAGAGAGGGCAGCAGCAACCCCGAGCAGGGUGCUCAUGCUGUUCCCAAGAUCUCUGUCGAGCCCUGCCUGAAACCAUCCCAACUAGACAUGCGUGUGAGCCCAGAAAAGAGACCUGUGAGUUCCUCUGAGGACAACCAGUUGUGUCAGGAGCUAAUGGCUAUUGUGCAGGGUGGUAAAACAGAGAAAAGAGGCGUGAGGAAAGGUGAUCUGGGAAAGUUUCAAAGCGGGGAAAAGAAGACUGCAGACUCAAAAGCAUUCUCUUCAUCUGCUCCUCUCUCUUCCUCUGCCCUCUCUUCCUCUACUGUCACAACACAGCCACCUCCCAGACUUACACGCAGAGUCAAUAAGCCACAGCCUUCCCACCAUUCAUUGAGAGCUGGACCAGAUCUCACAGAGUCUGAAAAGAGCUAUGUGGAAGCUGUUUGCAAUGAGAUCAUAAACAUUGCAGAAAAAUCUGUUCAUUACUGCAGUACUGUUUCUCAGCCUCUUGACUCUCGCCACAAGGUGACCUCUAAUGACCAUAAACCAUCUCUCAUCAUUUCUCAGCAACCUCAAGCACAGCAGCAAGGAGCCAGCCCUGACAGAAGUCAAACACCACGAGACAUAGUUAGCUACCAAGCCCUCUACAGCUACACUCCUCAGAACGAUGAUGAGCUGGAACUGAGGGACGGUGACAUUGUCGAUGUCAUGGAGAAAUGUGAUGACGGCUGGUUUGUGGGUACGUCCAGGAGAACGAGGCAAUUCGGCACCUUCCCAGGCAACUACGUGAAGCUUCUGUACCUGUAAAAUAACAGUGAACCCACCGUGACAGUGACGGGGUUGUUUUCCAGAUGGUGUUUUUAAACAGUGAAGAAACAGACAAUUUAUGAAUGUAAUAGACAAGAGACGAGACGUGUUAGGAGGAUGUGGUUAUGUGGUACAGUAUUGAGUUGAAUGUGUAGCCCUGCUUCCACAGAUUCAGGGUGUGAUUUGUUUGCUGAAGAAGAGACAGUUUCUAGUUUACAGUGCUGCCUUUGUGUAUUCCUCUCCCCUCCCCAGCAAGAGUUCUGGUGAUAAUCUUAAUUUGUAUGGAGUAUUUACCUCUGAGAAGACUUCAGGGAAGCACAUGGUAUAGGUUUUGUUUGUGUGUUGAGAUAGGAUAGUGCUUUGGGGCAGUACGCAGCCUUGCAGCUGCUCCCUUUCACUGGCAAGGUUCAGGGAGGCCAGGCUUUCUGCCCGCUUUCUGCCUCACUGAAGACUCACUUUGCUCUGCCUUCCACUUCCAUAGAAAACCCUUCCUUCAUGUCGUGCACCUUAAGACCCAGCAGAGGCAGAGGACAGCUGAUACGGUUAAACCGCAGAGCUCUGUGUGGAAAAGGAGUUUGGGACUGGUGGUUUAAUGCAGAGAGGUCAGCCAAAGCAUAAUGCAAACGUGCAAAAAUCCCAAACCCUUUAAUAACGUAUUACCUAUCUCUGCAGGGUUUUUUUCCUUUGUGCAGGGGGUGUGUGUGUGUUGAGUGUAUUGUGUGCAUCAAAACGAACUGAGUCCUGUUUUUGAACAGAAGCCUGGCUUUGACAUUUAUCUGCACAAAGAAUAGAACCAAUAAACAGAACAUCCGUGAGAGCAAAUCCUGUUUAUGAGUCCUACGGCCGUUCACUUUCUCUGCUGCUCCUGCCCUGUUGCUGGCCCUAAAGGAUCACACGCUUUUCGAAGCAUACUCUUGGGGAUGAGGACUUUGCUUCUUUCCCGGCAUUAAGUCUUAGAGGCUCUGAUAAAUCCGAGCAACAUACCACUGAGGGUGCCUUUUUUUUUCUUUUUGGUUACAGUGUCGAUGGUAGGUCUCAAAUAAAUACAUGCAUUUUGGCUGCCUCUUAGUCAUACAAAAAAGUCUAAUCAAUUUGGAAGGCUGUUCCCAGCAGUUAUUACCAGUUACAUAGAUUUGUAUUUCCUUGAGGAAAAAAAAAACAUGGCUUGGCUGUUUGCUUGCCUGUAAAUCCACUAUGAAUACUCUUUUGAUAGACAUUUUGUUAUUAAGAAAAAGCAUAAACAAAACCAGUUCUAUCAGACUCUGCUUCCUACAGUUACCAUACAAAUAGCAAAGGGUUAGAUUGCUAUUUUGUCAUAAGCCGUAUUUAAUAAUAUAAAAUGCCUAUUUUUAUGCUGAUGCUUUUAUACAGAUUUAUUAAGAGUAACUACAACUAACUGUUAGCACGACUUGCAAUGUUUUGAUAAACUAGCCAUGCUCCUGGGUUUGAAAUCAAGUAGGCUUGUCUUCCGCCUAGGUCAGCGGAAGAGAAGACUCAAGUGUCUCAGAAGUUUGACUGUAAAUAUGUAUAUUUAAUUUUGUACAGACAAUGUACUUACCUUGUAUAGAAAAAUAAUUUAAACACAUUGAGUGAAGGGAGGAAACAAAAGGCAGUUGUGAAAGGUUGGGAUUUUUUUCCACUUUUAUUUAAAUGAUGGAAUUCCAUGUAUGUUCACAUAAAGAGUUUUAGCACAAAAUAGCCAUUAUGAAAGGGUUUCAGAUAUGACACAAAGUACCACUGUUUCUUUUCUGCAGGAGAUACCUUUAAUCCUGCAUCUUAUUUAUGGGUUUGUUUUUCUGCUUUGGGUUUGCCCUCCAGUUAUUUGCAGCAAUAUUUAGGCCUGUUGCUAAGAUUGGAUAACACCAAAUUAAUCUAUCCAGCAAAGUAACAUGAUGAUACUGACUGUAUAUAACAUACUCAUUUAAAGGUUUAUUUUUCCUUCUUGCUCUUGCCAUUUUAAGUUACACACACACACACACACACACACACACAAACCGCAACUUAUUUUUGUGUUGAUUUUUUGUUUCUUAUUGCAGUGGAUUACUAUUUGAGAAUUAAUAAAUGGAAUUAUUGAAUUACUAUUGUGUUCCUUGUACAAAUUAUUAAAUAAAGUCUAUUCCCGCUCUUCCUG